GUGCCGACCAAUCGGAACGACGAUGUGUUAUCGGCGGACACCUGCUCGCGAGUGUUAGAAGAGUGCCCGGCGAACGGAAUUUAGAAUACGCAGGUAUAAGUGCGUGUUGCUUGUUCGUACAUACACAAUGACACGAACCGACGACACUGUCAUUAACAAGAUAAAACAUGUGGAGGACAGUUUAAAGAAUACCUUACACCGGGUUGAAAUGAUCGAGAAGAAGCUGAGGACGAGGUUGCUCACUACUGAGAAUCGUGAGAGGCUGGAAAAUGAACUGGAGGACGUUAAGGAGGUCCUCAGGAGGAACGAGGAGAAAUUGCAGAGCUUGAGAAAAGAGAACUCAAAGUCCUUCAUGGUGGCUGCGUGUUUGGUCUUCCUGUGUUUUCUUUUCUACGGUGUAUACAUGAUGAUUUCUGAGAACAUUUAAUGCACAGGACCGCGCGUACUUAGGGAAAUUGUAUUUUAUUAGAAAUUGAUUUGUAUAUUUUGUAAAUUUUUGUCGUAAGAGCAGAACAGUCACACUGUUGUUGAAUCAGGUCUUAACGAUAUCUCCCAAUGCAUCAGUGAAUAUCAGCAAGGCGACAGAAAUAUGAUUCAAAGAUUAAAGUAUAAAAGUAAAGUAUAGUGCCACAAUAUAUACACAGUACAUGUAAAUAUCACUGUAAUAAACAUUCCAGAUUUGUAAA